CUUGACUCUCCCGCGUCCCCUCGUCAUUCGCAGCCCUCUCCUCGCCCUCCGCCCCUCGCAGCAUCCACCCGGGCUCUUUCCAUCCACGCCUCCAGCCUCUCCAUCCCGGGAGCCUGACGCCUCUGGGCCGGGAUUGGUUGCUCGCCGGGGUCGGAGGAGAGAUGGAGCCGAAGAGCGCGGCGGGCUGCGGGCGCCCGUGACUCCAGCGGUUGGCCGUCGCUCCUCCGCCGCUUCUCAGAGGGUCCGAGUGGAGAAAUUGCCGGCCGAACGGAGCCACCUGCUCGCCCGGCGGAGCCACCUGCUCGCCCGGCGCCAGCCAGCCAACCAACUAGCCAACCAGCCAGCCAGCCAGCCAGCCAUGCCUGCCGAGAGUAACGAGCCCGACUGCCUCCUCCGCUACCAGAGGCCUGAGGAUGAGGCGAUUGUUGAUUUGGGAGGCACCAGCAAUGUUGUUAACAUUCAUUAUGAACCAGAGGAGCUGGAAGGGCAUAGGACAUUAUAUGUUGGGGUACGGAUGCCUUUGGUUAAACAAGGCCACAGACACCACAGACCCCAUGGCCCCAAACACAGGAAACGAGAUCGGAUAAAGGAAAGUAUAUUGGAGGCGCAUGAAACUUACGAUACCCCAUCUCAGCGAGUUCACUUUAUCCUUGGUAUGGAAGAGGAUGAGGAGCAUGUCCCCCAUGACUUAUUCACAGAAAUGGAUGAAAUCUGUGUGAAAAAAGGUGAAGAAUCAGAGUGGAAAGAAACAGCAAGAUGGCUGAAAUUUGAGGAAGAUGUGGAAGAUGGAGGAGAACGAUGGAGUAAGCCAUACGUGGCUACUCUCUCACUGCACAGUCUCUUUGAACUGAGGAGCUGUAUCAUCAAUGGGAGUAUCCUUCUGGAUAAAUCUGUAAACUGCACUGAAGACGUUGCAGAAAUGAUCCUGGAUAGCCAGAAAUCCUGUGAUGAAGCCACACGUAAAAAAUUCUGGGAAACCCUCUUGAAAAAGCACCAUCAUCAGCAUGAAAAGAAGAGGAACAUCCUUCCAAUGGUCCGUUCUUUUGGAGAAAGUAGCCAGAGAAAGUCUGAUCCUCACUCAAUAGAUAAAACAGGAAUGCCUUCACUGUCCCUUCAUCCUCCUUCUAACACACUAGAUGUUAGAAAUGGAUUGACUCAUGAUACUACCCCAACAGAUGUGUGCAAAACAGACCUUCAUUUUAUGAAGAAGAUUCCUAUUGGAGCAGAAGCUGCAAAUGUUUUAAUUGGAGAAGCAGAUUUCAUGAAACAACCUAUUGUUGCUUUCUUACGCUUAUCGCCAGCUGUUCUUCUUCCAGGCAUGACGGAGGUUCCACUCCCUACCAGGUUCUUGUUUGUCUUGGUGGGUCCAAUAGGGAAAGGACCUCAAUAUCAUGAGAUUGGAAGGUCAAUGGCUACCCUCAUGACUGAUGAGGUUUUCCACGAUGUUGCUUAUAAAGCCAAGGAUCGAAGUGACCUUUUAGCUGGCAUUGAUGAGUUUCUAGAUCAGGUGACUGUGCUGCCACCUGGGGAAUGGGACCCAUCAAUCAGAAUUGAGCCACCUAAAAGCGUUCCUUCUCAGGAUAAGAGGAAGAUGCCAGGAAUGUUCUAUAAUGGAAAGAUUUGUGAUGAUGAGAUGGAGGAUCACACUGGGCCAGAGCUCCAGAGAACAGGAAAGCUCUUUGGUGGCUUGAUCUUGGAUAUAAAACGGAAAGCUCCUUGGUAUUGGAGCGACUAUAAAGAUGCUUUGAAUUUGCAGUGUUUAGCUUCCUUUCUCUUCCUGUAUUGUGCCAGCAUGUCUCCUGUGAUCACCUUUGGAGGCCUGCUUGGAGAAGCAACAGAGGGAGAAAUAAGUGCUAUAGAAUCUUUGCUUGGAGCUUCGAUCACUGGAGUGGUCUACUCUCUCUUUGCUGGCCAGCCUCUCACCAUCUUGGGAAGUACCGGACCAGUACUGGUUUUCGAGAAAAUUUUAUUCAAGUUCUGCAAAGACUAUAAGCUUUCUUAUCUUGCUCUGCGAACCUGCAUUGGCCUGUGGACAACAUUCAUGUGCCUUGUGCUUGUGGCCACCGAUGCGAGCUCUCUGGUCUGCUACAUCACUCGAUUUACAGAAGAAGCUUUUGCCUCUCUGAUCUGCCUCAUUUUCAUUUUUGAGGCCAUAGAGAAGCUGUUUAAGUUGGGAAGGACUUACCCAUUUUUCAUGGAUAGCAAUCUGGACCAUCUGACCUUCUAUUACUGCAGAUGUGCAGCUCCUACCCAUCCCAGUAAUGAAACCCUGAUGUACUGGAACAACCACAGUAUCAACCCUUCCAAAGUUUCCUGGGCUAAUCUCACUGUCUCUGAAUGUCAGGAGAUGCAUGGAGAAUUCAUAGGAUCUACAUGUGGAGACCAAGGGCCUCUUACUCCUGACGUUCUUUUGUGGUGCUGCAUCUUGUUCUUUACUACCUAUAUUUUGUCAAGCACACUGAAGAGAUUUAGGAGCACUAGCUAUUUUCCCACAAAAAUACGCUACAUGGUAGGUGAUUUUGCUAUUUUUAUAACCAUUGUUACCAUGGUCCUAAUUGACUACUUCAUUGGAAUCCCAUCACCAAAACUGAAUGUCCCAGGUGUCUUCAAGCCAACAAAUGAUGACCGUGGAUGGCUCAUUAGCCCAAUAGGCCCCAAUCCCUCAUGGACUGUGGUAGCAGCUAUCAUCCCAGCAUUACUCUGCACUAUACUUAUAUUUAUGGACCAACAAAUCACAGCAGUUAUUGUGAACAGGAAAGAACAUAAACUUAAGAAAGGAGGUGGCUACCAUCUGGACCUUCUCAUGGUGGGCCUCAUGCUUGGUGUGUGUUCAGUGAUGGGGUUGCCUUGGUAUGUUGCUGCCACCGUCCUUUCCAUCAGUCACGUGAACAGUCUUAGACUUGAAUCUACUGUAGCAGCUCCUGGGGAGCAACCUAAAUUCCUGGGCAUAAUUGAACAAAGAGCAACUGGAGUGAUGAUCUUUAUACUAAUGGGCCUCUCAGUCUUCAUCACUAGUGUGUUAAAGUUUAUACCUAUGCCUGUUCUCUAUGGAGUAUUUUUAUACAUGGGUGUUUCUUCUCUGAACGGAAUACAGUUUUUUGAUCGCCUGAAGUUAAUGGGAAUGCCCACCAAACAUCAGCCUGAUUUCAUUUACCUGCGACAUGUUCCUCUGAGGAAAGUGCAUCUCUUCACGAUGAUCCAGCUGACCUGCCUGAUCAUUCUGUGGGUUGUCAAGACGUCUCCUGCAGCCAUUAUCUUUCCCAUGAUGGUUUUAGCACUGGUCUUUGUUCGGAAGGUCAUGGAUUUAUGCUUUUCAAAGCGGGAACUCAGCUGGCUUGAUGACCUCAUGCCAGAAAGCAAGAAGAAAAAAUUAGAUGAUGCUAUCCAAAUGGCAAAAAAGGAAGAUGAAUCUCAGAAGAUGAUGGAAGAUGGUACCUCGGCUGUAAUUGAAAUGUCUCCAAUAACUUCAACUUAUUUGACAGUUCCAGGAAGCUCAAAAAAUGUACCAAAAAUUGACAUUAGGCCUGAUCCUGCAGAUAUUAAUAUCUCAGAAGAAAUGGCUAAAACGACUGUGUGGAAGACCCUCAUGAUGAACCCAGAAAAACUCUGAAGUUAAAAGGAAUAGCUUGGCCGUUUGGGACUUGGCUUAGGACAAGGAGCUUGCAGCACAUGAAGAUGACUCAGGGAAGAGCCAAGGUGUGCAGGCAAAGGAGAGAAAAUACUUUUGCAAUGGAAAAGGCACAGACUCACUAAUUGCCCUGGUACUUCCUUCAUACAAGUAACUGGGUUCAUAUUAAAGCCAUUGAGAAGUGUUUGGAUUAUCCUUUGUGUGCUUCAGUGGGCAUUCUAAUUAUCUUUUGACCAGCAAGGUAAUAGAAAUCUGAUGUUAAAGCCUCUCUUGUGUGUGUAUACACACGUUCAUAUUUGCUGUAUUACAAUUUCUUAGUAGUAGAAAGAUUGCUGCCACUUUUUUUUUUUCUGGCCUUCCGGUGUGUGUUCAACAAUUUCCACUUUGAAUGUAUAGCAACAUUAUGCCACAAUUAUUUUCUGUUUGGUUUUGCUUUAUUGGGUGCUACUUAGAGAUGUAGGUGUUAUUUGCAAAAAUCCAAUAAUUAAAUAUUACCGAGUUACCAUGCAAGCAAUUGAUAAAAGGUAACCCAAUAUUACAAAUAAGUGGGAGAAAUAUCUCUAUGUUUCCCCUCCCCAUUUUUAUUUCCUAAUCAUGCUGCUUAAAUUCUUUUUCGGUUCCUUGUUUAUUUGGCAGCCAAUCCUGUGAGGAGUUUUUUUUUAAAGGAAAUGUGUAUGUUACUUUGUUAAUGUGAUUUCAUGUCUAGGUGAAUUCAGCCAAGCCAUUGAUCUCAGCAGUGCAAAUUACUUAAGGGGGGGGGGGGAAGGUGAUUAACAGAAGAAUUGUCAGUAUCACUGUUUGCACUAUUUUGAGGGUUACUAGCUGCCAAGAUAAUGUGUGAGCAAAAAAAUAAAAUAGAUAUUGGAGCUCAAGGUGUGUACAAACGAAGAGGUAGUGUAGUGAGUUUAAAUGCAAUGCAAACAUCUAUUAUCUCUCUUCAUCCAUGUGAUAAAAUACAUAUUUGGCCUUGGGAAUAGGAAGUAAUGAGUGAACUGUAAAGGGUGGUCAUUCACAAAAUACUACUUAGAUGUGGGAAAUAAGGAAACACGAGAAAGGAAGUCAAAAUAGCACACACAUGCAAACUAACUUUGCUCGUUAUAAGAUGUAGUACAAAGAAACUCUGACAGUUUUCAAGAUUCUGUUCUUAUUCUCUAGAAUAAUAAAGAUAAUCUCAAGUGGUCCUCAGUCUCAUUUCAAAAAAGUUAAAGUUAUAAUGUCAUAAAAUAAUAAAAUAAUUUGGCAAAAGUGAUUCCUCCCUUUCCACACAGCCUGCUUGGUUGACAGGAAAGAAGGGGAGAGACAGAAGGAGAGAGGAGAUAUCAAGAAGAUAGAAAUAAAACAGAAGGUCAGGGUUGCAGAGAAAAUGGAUGACUUUAAUCCCACAGAGAGCUUGCUUCUAUUCCAUCCACUAGCAUCAUCUGGGCUCCAUAGUUUAACCUCCCUGGAAGUAUGCUUUGGACAGAAAAAAAAUUGUUCUUGUUCAUUCCUGCCCUAUAGUUCAUUCUAAACCAGGGUUGUCAAACUUGCAGGCUGGAUGCGUCAUGCGCUAGCCACGCCCGGUUUAGCAAAGGGAGGAAAAGUCGCAAUAUGUCAACGACAAUGCUGUGAAGACACGAGUUUGACACUCCUGUUCUAAACCAUUGCUUUUCCUUUUCUUGUUGUUGAUGGUCAUAGAAUAUUUAAUCUCGCAUUUCUAGCAUUCAAAACAGCUUACAAAAAGAAGGACCAAAAUGAUAAAUAUGAAAGCACACUUUGCAUACAAUUCUAAGGAAAACUGCUUUAAAGUAACGCCACUGAACCCCUGUUGCAGGGGUAGACUCCUGGGGGUUCGGCAGGGUUCAGGCGAUCCUCUACCCAAGGAUCGCUGGGGUUCAGCAAAUCCCCAAAUGCCACCUCUGGCUGGCCCCUCCCACCCCUUCCAGGAGUCGCGGCCCAUUCAUCAUUCCAGGUAAGUGCAAGCGGAGGGUCUGGGAGGGUGAAAAACAGGCUUCCCGAAGGUUCCGGAAGUCCGGAAACGGGCCUGUUUCCGGCCUCCAGAGGGCCUCCAGACCCUGGGGGAAAUAGUUUUCGCCUUCCCGGAAGCUCGAGGAAAGACUCCGGAGCCUGGGGAGGGCGAAAACACCCCCCCACACUGUGGUGCAGGUAGCCGACUAGGCCACACCCACCAUGGCCACACCCACCCAGCAGCGGGGCAGCGAACCUGUUGCUAAAGGAUCUGAAGCUCACCCCUGCCCUGUUGUUUACGAUUUCACUGUGUUUUGGAGUGUGGUCAUCAUAUUGGAAUGGGGAUUUCUGUUUUUUGGAGAAUAAGAUAAAUAUUUUGCAGGCUUUUUAAAAAGUAUAGAUACAUAUCUAUUUUUUUUAGUAUACAGAAAAUUGUACACAUUGUAGUACAAUUUCAUUGAAGGCAAUGCACUGUGUGUUACAUGGAUAUUCUCACCUUUAAAACAUUUAACCUCGUGUGUUAAAAUUCAUUUCCCAAAAUCAUUAUCCGGUAUCCUGGCAUGUCAAAUAUUAAGGAAGAUUGGUACACAUGGUUGCCUGGGAGUAAGUCACUUGGAUUCAGUAUAGCAUUUCUGAGCAGCUGAAGUUAAAGCUCCACUUGGAGCUUUGGACAGUUAAGUAUGCAGUUAUAAUAAUAACUACUUAUAUUUAGUUUAUUUACUUUAUGCACUUUAGCUCCAGUACUUAAAAACUAAACUGAAAAAAGCUACAUUGAUGAGCAAUGUGAUUGACAAUGAACAAUUGUUUCUCCUUAUUUUCUCUAAUAGCAUAAAUUUCUGCCUUUGUUAGGAACUGGGAGGCACACUUCCUGCGGACAACUCUUAGAUGAUCCACUUUGGUCUGCAUGCUUGAUGCAGCCAAAUCAGUGGUGGGUUGCUACAGUUCGCACCGGAUCGGGCGAACCAGUAGCGGUGGCAGUGGGAGGCUCCGCCCACCCGCCCGGAUGCUUCUGCGCAUGCGCAGAAGUGCCUAGCGCGCAGGUGCAUGAGUGAACCAGUAGCGACGUGAUUUGGAACCCGCCCCUGAGCCAAAUGACUGUUGUGUCUUUUGUGAUGCAGUGAGACUAGCAAGGAAGUGAAAGCAAAGUUACAUACACUUACAUCCUAGCCUUCCACGUGGGCUGCUAUUUUUGGAAAUCAAGGUGGCUCUGUGUUCUUUAUGCUCUAUGCCAGGAGUGUCAAACUCAAAUUCAUCAGGGUUGUGCUUGACCUUGGGGGGGGGGGUGAGGGUGGGUGUGGCCACCUUGACAUCACUCUUUGAGCCUCUGUUUUUGGCCGUAACAACCUCCUGCAGCCCUCUGCUAGUGAAAAUGGAGCCGGGGAGGGCUGCGCGUGGCCCUCCCAAGCUCCGUUUCUGCUGGCAUAGGCACCGCAGGCUGGUCCUUUGCUGUUUCCAGGGCAGCCCCUUGGGCUGGAUCUAAGCACCCUGCGGGCCGGAUCCAGGCCAUGGGCCUUGAGUUUGACACUCCUGCUCUAUAAUUUAGAAUUGUGGGCCUUGUAAGCCAUCUUGUAAGCUUGUCUCUUUGGUAGUUCAUUUCUUGGGCUGCUCCACUAUGGGAUUUCAAAUUCUUAUAGUGUCAUUACUAAAUAUAGAGAAGAAUCAAGUAAUUGGUUCUUGCUGAUUAUGCCAUGGGUUUCCAAUCUUUUGAAGCCAGUAGGCAUUUUAACCUUCAGAAAGCAUGUUGUGGGUGAUUCACAAAAUGGCCCAUAUGCAAAUGUGGUUAUUCAUACAAUGACCACUGCAUGGAAAUGACAAAUCUUCCUCAAAAAAAAAAUAAAUAAAUCUGCAUCACAACACAAAUUUUGAGGGUUUUUAAACAAAAUCACUUAAAUAAUGUCACAUAUUAAAAAUAAAGAAGAUAAUAUUUAAAACAAUACCGACUGUCCUGCCUACCUAAUAAUUACAGGAAAUGAUAAAAUAAUGGCAAUUUGAACAAAACUAAGAGAAUUAAACAGAUUAAAAACUCAUGCCUUAUGUCUUAUGCCUGUAUGAUGUCUGACACAGCAUACCAUCUGUAAGUUUCCCAUAAAUUAGUCGCAGGCAGUUCUUGAUUUAAUGACCAUUCGAAGUUACAGUGGCACUGAAAAAAGUGACUUAUGAUCAUUUUUCACAUUUACAACCGUUGCAACAUCUCUAUGGUCAUAGUAUCAAAGUUUGGAUGCUUGGCAACUGGUUCACACUUAUGAUAGCUGCAGUAUCCCGGGUUCAAAUUCAUUUAACAACCAUGUUACUAAAUUAACAACUGCAGUCAUUCAUUUAACAACCAUGGCAAGAAAGGUCAUAAAAUGGGACAAAAGGCACUUAACAAUUGUCUUGCUUAGCAAUAGAAAUUUUGGGCUCAGCUGCAGUCAUAAAUCAAGGACUACCUGUAUAUAUAAAGAUACAGUACUUUUCAGACAAUCAUUCCAGUGUCUUUCAGUAAGACAUUCAGUUUCUUUGAUGGAUUUUGUUGCUGAAAAAAGGAAGUCACAGAAAUUUGAGCUUUGUAGCAGUGUCUCUCAUCACCACCAGAAUUCCAAAACUCUUCAUGAGUUUAAUUUGGGUGGUAAUGAGAGACACUGCCACUGGUUUGCAUUACUAUGAAUUUUCUUAAAGAGCAGUGUGAAUGAAGCAGUGCUAAAUAUAAAGGCAGCGUUCCACAACUGUCAACUACAAAUAAAUAUACAUUAUUAUUUUAUUCUGCCUAACUUAAUAAAAGUUAUAGGAUUGCCAACAUUAUCACCAACAUCCAAUGACAGAUAUAGCACAAGAAGAAAAACUUAAUAUAAAAUAAAAAUUAUCACCAAUUUAUGGAUGAAACCCAUUUCAUUAUCAGAUACAGUAUAUUCAACCUGAUAAAACAGUUUCAGUAGUUGGAUAAUUUGAUGUCCCCAUUGAGAAAGAACCCAGUAGUAAUUAAUCAGUUGGGAAGGAAAUCCUUCAAAGGAUUUGUUGAUUUGAGAAGACAACUCUAUCUCACCUCUCCUAGAAUCAGGUCUGGUAAGAGAGUCCAAAUCAUUUGCAUCUUAAUUUUCAUAAAGGAGUUUGUCUUAGUUUCAGGCUCAUAAAAAGAAAAUGCUCAGCUUUGUGUCCAAAUGUUCUGAAGGGUUCUUUAGAUAAAUUGGUAGAACCUGAGUAGGAAAUAGUAGAGCAAUACCGGUAGUCCUUACGUAUCCACCGCUCAUUCAGCGAUCAUUCAAAGUUACAACAACACUGAAAAAAGAGACUUGCAACUGAUCCUUGACGUAGCAGCCAUGGUAGCAUCCCUACAGUCAGGUGAUUGUGAUUCAGGCACUUGGCAACCAGCACAGAUUUAUGAUGAUUGCAAUAUCCCACAGUCACGUUCUUGUCAUUUACAAUCUUCACAGCAGGCUUCAAACAAGCAAGUCAAUGGGGAAGCCAUUAGAAAGUCGCAACUCGUGAUAUGAUGUCAUGCUUAAUGAUCCACAUUGCAUCUCUUCACCACCACUAAAUUGGCUAUGAUCACAUUUACUUUACAUCUGAUAGCAAUAGAGUUGCCAAUCCCAACUGCAGUUGAUAAAUGAGGGCUACUUGUAUUAGGGGCUAAGAAGAGAAGGCUGAAUUGAAUGGGUUAUGGACUAUCAUGAUGGAAUUCUGCAAGGGCACAGCUAAGGCAGAAAAUACACUAAUGUGUGGAUUGUGGCAAUUAUUGGUUAUUUACAGAACACUGCUAUAUUCGUUGGCCAAGUAAAACACCAACAACCUCACUUAACACAUGGCUAGAUUCAUAUCACAGAGCCAGUUUGGUAUAGUAGAUAAGGUAUCAGCCUAGAAACCAAGAAACUGAAUUCUAGUCCCACCUAAGGUACAAGCCAGCUGGUUGAUCUUGGGCCAGUCAUUUUCUCUCAGCCCUAGGAAGGAAGCAAUGGCAAACCAUUUCUGAAAAACCUCACCAAGAAAAUUCCAGGUGGCUUUGAACACGAUUGAAUGGAAGAAAUAAACUCAUACCAAACAAUCUGUUCUGGAAUAAUGUUGAAAGGUGCCACAGAUGGAUCUGUGGAGCUAUGUAUUAUUCCAAGUACUUGGGAUCAUUCUGAAUUAAAGCAUAAACCUCAAGACUGGAAAAGGUCCAAGCCUAUUGUGUCUUUCGCUUACAUAAUCUAGACCAGGGGUGUCAAACUCGAUUUCAUUGAGGGCUGCAUCAAGAUUAUGUUUGAUCUUGGGGGUGGGGUGGUGGAGUGGCCGUGGCCAGAGUGGGCAGGGCCAGCUCGACAUCACUCAUGUUGGGGGCACCUGUGGAGGUCCGAGAGCUCUGCCAGAGAAAACAGGCUCCCGAGCUCCGUUCUUGGCUGCGACGGCCUCCUACAACCCUCUGCCUGCGAAAACGGAGCUUGCGGCUCUUCCAAGCUCCGUUUUCGCUGACAGAGGCACUGCGGACCAGUCCUUCGCUGUUUCUAGGGUGGCCUUGGGAUCUGGCCCCCGGGCCUUGAGUUUGACACCCCUAAUCUAGACCAUAGGCCUACUAUUUAUUGAUGAAUGAAAUAUUUUUUGAAAAACGGGAAUAAAUAUUUGUUUGAGAAAGAGCAUCCAAAUGGAUAGUUUUUUUUCAAUUCAUAGGGUUACCAUUCAUUUGGGGUAGCAGGAGGAAGGAGUCUAAAGUUCUGGAAACUGAAAUAGAGCAGGAUAGAGAAGAGGAGAGAUUGCAAGGUGGCAAAUUUAUCUUUGUUACCUCUGAAUGACUAACAGCAUAGGUUUUUUUUUUUUAAUUCCAAACUUUUGUAGAGUAGACCAAAAAAAUACAAUUAAAGGCUAGCGGGAGAUAGGAGAUCCAUAUCAUUCAUUGGGGACUAAGGGACUGUAGCCCUUGCUCCAGUUUCUUCCAGAACAUUCAUGAGACCUGCUCUUGAUCCAUUUUAGAUUAAUCUCCCACAAAUUAGAAAUCCUAGGACGGUGGAAUUGCGAGGGAAAAAUGAUAACACACACUGGGUUAAGUUGUUCAAGCAUGUUGGCGAUUUUUGAAAAUUAUGAAUAAUUUCAUAAUCUUAACUGAAAAAGGAGGAGAAUCCAAGAAAAGGUGCUGGCACAUUUUUUCUAGUGUUUUUUCUUCCUCCUAUGACAACUACAUGUAGAAAUAGAGAAACUAUUUUCUUUUUAGAUAUAAAAGAAAACAAUAUUUUGUUGUAAGAAAUGUAAUUUUAAAAAACCCCACCCCAUGUUGUAAAUAAAUGUAAUAAUGGGGAGUAGGACUCUUAUUGGUUCUGUAGAAACCAAAAUACAUUUGCUAAAAUUUUGCUCAAAAAUGAGUUAUCUAAAUAAGUAUAGUUUUGUUGUUUUACAGUUAAAAAAAUCACUGAUUCUGCUUCAUACUUCAUGUCUGUACAAACUCUGUCAGUAAUGAUAACUGAUGAUUGAGAAUUGUACCCAUUGUUGAUCUAUAUGUUAAAGUUCAAUAUUAAAAUAUUAUUCUAAGUGUG